AAUACAACUUGUUAGUUUGUGUGAUUAUAAAACAUUUGUUAUGAAACUUUCUAAUUGUAUAUAAAAUUUUGCUUAAUAUGUAUAAAUAUUCAAUCACGAAGUGAAUAAGAAAAACAAAGGUGACAAGAUCUUUUGCAAUUAUUAAUUCUUCAAAUAUAUCUGUUUUCAGAGUGGUAACAAAUUAGUCUGAGAUUUUGUUUCUUGAUUUAAAGUUGCUUCAACUAUUUUUUUUUUCCCGGCUAUUUUUGGGAUUUUCGUUCUUAAUCUCCUUGUUUUACUAGUCUUUAUUUGCUUUCUUGAUUUGGGUUUUAUGGGUUCUGGUUAUUUAAGGUUUUCGAAUUGAUAAUUGUGUUUGAGCACUAGUUGGUUGAGUUUCUGUUGUUUUUGUUAUUGGGUUUUGCCCCUUUACUCUGAGUGAUUGGAGUAAGGCAUGAUCGUUUUUGGGUUUUGCUCUUUUCCUUUUGAGUGAUUCGUAAUUAAGUUUAAAGAUUGAAUCUUUAAUGUUAUUUUCUCUUGUUUUCAAGCAAAAAAGUUGCUAGCUUUAAGUGGUUAUUCUUGUCUUGAUCUCUUUGUGCUGUUCUCUUUUCUUUUUUUGGGUAAUUUAUUCGGAGAGUUGUAGCCGGAAGAGUACAAUAGACCCUUGUGGUCCGGCCUUUUCAUGGACCCCGCACAUAGCAGGAGCUUUACAGCACCAGGCUGGCCCUGCCCUUUUUUUAGUUGUAGCUGGAAGAGUUAAAUCUUGUUGCUUGUGAUCUGGCUUUGCUUGUGUUUGUAUGUCAAAUCACUCCAUUGUAUAUUGUUUUUGGUGGGUUUGAGCAUAUUUGGCUGUGGGGUUCUGGUUCUUCAUGGAUUUCAUAGGAGAAGUCAGUUUUGCUGGAGGGAGUGAUGUUAUUGGCGUUGAAAAUUGGGGUCAUGGUUUUACUGACCAGGAAGUUUGGGCUACUGAGGAUGAUUAUAGAGCCUGGAAUAGUGGUCGUUCCUCCGAAACCCCUUCGAAUUCCAGUCAGGACGGUAGACAUUCCCAAAACCGAUGUGGAAAUGAGCCUCCCCACAAGAAAUCACGGAACUCAUCGGGUGAAGAUUCAGUUAACAAUCGCGCCAGAGCAAUUGGAAAGAUGUUCUUCAAAACUAAAUUGUGUUGCAAGUUCCGCGCUGGGGUCUGCCCUAAUAUUAGUAAUUGUAACUUUGCUCAUGGCAUAGAGGAGUUGCGCAAGCCGCCUCCUAAUUGGCAAGACAUAGUGGUUGCACAUGAAAGUGAGCGUGGUGGAGGAAUGAUGCUGGAACCAAGAGAAGAACACCAGAUACCAACUGCCAGUUCUCCUGACCCGCGUUCAGAGUCCCAAAGGUCCUACAAAGGGAGGCAUUGCAAGAAGUUUUAUACCGAGGAAGGAUGCCCUUAUGGAGAUACUUGCACUUACCUUCACGAUGAACAAUCUCGAGAUAGAGAGAGUGUUGCAAUAAGUGUGACUCCCACUGUAGGUGGAUUCGGUAAUAAUGCUGCUGGAGCAAACCUGAAGCCUUCUAACUGGAAAACAAGAAUUUGUAAUAAGUGGGAGACCACUGGUUAUUGCCCUUUCGGCAGCAAGUGUCAUUUUGCACAUGGAGCGGCAGAAUUGCACAAAUAUGGGGGAGGACUUGUGGAGAUAGAAGGCACAGAUUCUCUAUCUACUCCUCCAGACCUAAAGCAGGGAGGGCAUCCUUUUAAAACAGCAGACAGUACGGUCCCCUCAACCAUUUCAACACCUCGCGCAGAUGUUUACCAUUUGGGGCCAGGCGUUCAAGUGCAAAGACCCUCUGGCAUAGUCCAAAGGAUCAUUCAGAAGUGGAAAGGGCCAGAAAAGAUUAGUAAGAUAUAUGGCGACUGGAUUGAAGACAUCGAGUGAAAAAAGUCAUGCUUUCGACUAGAUAGGCAUCCAAAGGCAUUUGAGUUCUUUUCGUAUCGCUUUGAACUGUAAUGGGGGCAUGGUUAAUGUUGUUUUACAGCUACAAAUAGAAUAGACAGCAUGUGUUGCUGAGUUGCUCUAUAUAUUCUACUGUAUAUCCUUUUGUUUGGAAGAAAAAGGAGCAAAAUCUAUGUUGUAUAUGUUAUUUGCAUUGCCCAGGGAAAGAUUCAGUAUAAUACCUUGAAGAAAAUCAA